UUAGCUGAUAGCUAAACAAUUUCUGUGGAACCUCGUGAUAUCAUGCCUGUUUCACACCGGUGAUAUUUGAAAGAUGCACUCCUCGAUUCCGCUUCUGUUCUGAUGUAGCAGCAACAAGCUAGCUGAGUGCUUACCUGAAUGUUAUCAGUUUUUGCAUGCGGACUUACAUUACAAUUAUAUCACAUUUUGAAAGUAUAAAACUUGUCGACUUUUUAAUCCGGGUUGGUAAUUUAUUUGUUUGCCUUUGGUAUUCCGUCCACGCCAGCUUCCCUGCAAGGGGAGGAGAUGCGAGGUGAUGCUAGCUAGCCAUCUGGCUAACGUUCGCUAGCUAGUUCAACAAUAUUGCGGGGCUAACUGGGUAACGUUAGCUAGCUGGACUAGCUACAUCAAUAAAACAUAGACGCACGGAAAGGUGCAAAACAUGCACCUUUAGUUAUUUCCUUGCGUUUAUUGCCAAGUGUCGAUUGCUGAGAGAAAACGUUGCUAACGUAGCCACAGGCUGCAGUGCCAACCAGGACUCGGGAUGGCGGCUAAAGCGGCGGAUGGUGGUGGUGCAACUGACCUCAUAGACAUCUACGACGAGAACUUCAGUCAAAACAACGGGGAGGAUGGAGAUUUUGCGACGACGGCAGAGGCAAGUGAUCUUUAUGAUGAUGUGCUCACUGGCUCUGUGAGCCGGGAAAGGAAAUUCUCAGAGGAUGCUAUCCCUCUCAGCAAGGACCAGCCAACGAAAGAGGAGAGCAAACCAACAAUACUGUACACUCACAGUGGGGUGUGGAACAAGAGACUGGCUGUAUAUGUGGGCAACUUCUCCUGGUGGACCUCCGACAAAGACCUUAUUAACGUGGCGCGCACCUUGGGCGUGAAGGACAUUGUGGAGAUAAAAUUUGCUGAGAACAGAGCUAAUGGCCAGUCCAGGGGAUACGCUGAGGUAGUGGUGGCCACAGAAGAGUCAUUGCAGAGGUUGCUGGAGACUUUGCCAAAUUGUCAUGUUAAUGGAGAAAAGGUGGACUGCCGCUUUGCCACACGACAGAAUCUUGCUGUGUUUGAAGCCCAGGCUAAUAAACGUGUCCCCCAGCGCUCUAACUCAAAGGAGUCGUCAGAUACUGGGGGCAAAAAAGCCUCUGUCUCCCCUCCUGUGCUCAACCAGAACCGCUCCACUGUCCCGCACACUAUCCACCCCCAACACAUUCACAACAAACCUCCCCCUCUGUCAGUCCCAUACUUUAGUCUGCCUCCUCCUCUUUUCCCCCACCUUCCCCCCCACCUUCCCCCUCCCCCCAUGCCCCACCUUUUCCCUCCACCACCUCUACGUCUCCCCAGCCAUCCUCCUCCCUCCCUGCAUCUCAACCCCGCCUUCUUUCCUCCAGCACAACACAACAACUACAGUCAACAACACAACACAUCGUACAACCGGCACAACAGUAGGGACAGUGAAGCUCCCACACCCCAAAUGCCAGAGGGAGAGUUUGAUGAGCUGAUGAACAGAAACAGAGCCAUCGCCAGCAGCGCCAUCACCAAGGCUGUGUCUGGAGCUACUGCCGGAGACCUGCCCCUGGCCAUUGAGACCCUUUUGACUGCCAUUGCUGUCAUCAAGCAGUCAAGAGUGUAUGGGGACGAGCGCUGUCGAGCCCUGGUCACCUCUCUGAAAGACUGCCUCUUCUCCAUCGAGAGCAAGUCAUACGGCUCCAGGAAAAGACACCGUUCCCGUGACAGAGAACACCGUUCCCGAGAUAGGGAGCGGGACAGGAACAGAGAACGGGACAGAGGCAGGGGAAGGGAAGAAAGGGAAGAGUCCUACAGCCAGGAAUGGGAGGCUGCAGGAAUGUCCCGCCGGCACCGAGAACGCUCCCUAAGUGGGGAGCGAGAUGGGAGAGACCGGGAGCGGGUUCGGGAACGAGAUAGACAUAGGGAGCACCGUGAGCGGCACCGCUAGGACAUUCUAGGCUGUCUUUGUCCCUGUCGGGCUGAGUAGGAUGGGAGACAGGACUUUAUUUCUGGGCCAAGCUGCUUAAAAGUCUAGGAUAAUGGAUGAACUGAUGGUGAGACAAAAUGAAUGUCCAUAGCCCCCCCAUCUCCACAACCUACUGCCCCCACGUUCACAUUUCCCUGGUACUCAGCAGCCACCAAGCAUUUUACCUUCUCAUCAUAAUCUUCUGAUCUCAGCCAUCACCAACCCCCUCUUUCUCACAGUGAUACUGUCUUUGUAAUUUAAUUUGUUGAUUAUGAAUUGACGGUUUCAGGGUUGUGGCUGCAACUUUUGUUGUUUGCCACACCUGCAUGCACAAAGCAGAGGUAAAAUUUUUAUAUGUUGAACUGUGCAGUGUUUUUUUUCCCUCUUCCCCCUUCUUUUGUAUCAAAUUUGAACUGAUUAAAAAAGGCUGUUAAAAUGA